CGGAACCCGAAACUCGCCUUCCCGGCCGCCGCGGCCCCGCUGCCCUUCGGGCUGGAAGCGCCGAACUUUGAGGCGCUGCUACUGCCACGUGCCCCUGCCCCACGGAGCUACACCGCUCCUGGAAUGCCUCAGAAAAGCCCGACGGUUGUUUUGAAGGGCGAAUCUCACCCAAAAAAUGAGGGUUGGUUCAUGCAGCUUUCACCUGACAGUCACGUUUUACUGUCUAUUAAAAUGAUUUUUUUUCUUAUGUAAUUUUCACUUCAGCCCAAGUUAAUGCACUGUUUUCCAGACACCCUUGAAUUUGCCCUCAAGAAGCUGACAUUAUAUAUGCUGGUGUGAUGACGUUAAAUAUUUUAAGGAAAUGACACAUAAGGAAAAAGUAGCCAAAUAAUUGGAAAAACAAUGAUUUAGAGUGGAGGUGCAAUUUAUACCAGAGGUGCCAAGAGAAUAAGGCCGAUGAAAACGUGUCUACCUAUUGUUCCCAAACGGGUUCCUUUAACCCAUGUGCUAUCGGUUGGUCCCCAGAUAGAGUCGAGCAGUCCUGUAUGAAGCCAUAGCCUAAUUUCCCUGGCACACAAAGGAAGACAGAGGCAAGAAAGGAACAACAACAUCAAGAGGGAAAUCCUCCUCAUAAAUACCUGAAGUCAGAGAGGCUCCAAACCCAGAUCCUGAGGCCUAUUGCAAAAGUUGACACAGAUCCCACUGAGCUUAUGCUACAAUGACAACUAGAAUAUGGAAAGAAAACACCUGAAGAAAAAGAUUGAAAAACUCCUGGGAGAUUAUGUUGGCAUCAGACUACGAGAAAAAGAAUUUGAUCCAAGAGGACAAAGGCCACCCACCUUUCUAGAUGACAUGGUCCAUUACAACUUAGCCCUCAGUGUUGCUUUACUGUGGCUUAGUGACUUGGAUGCUCCAAUUGCACUGACAAGAGAGAAAAUGAGCUUUGCAGCUCGCAACAAAUACACAUAUCCCAACCGAACUGAGAGAGAAGCUAUGAUAUUAUCUUCAUACGCUGGAAUAUUAAUGAACAGCAUUCCUGUAGAAGAGAUCUUUGAGAUUUACAGCAUGAGGCCCUCAGCAACACACUGGCAGAGGUCUGCAAAUGACCAUUGGAUUCAACCUUUCAGGUUCUCCCUGCAUCCAUUUGCCAUGCUGACUGCCCCUGAAGCUGCAGAGCAUGCCUGGAAGCAAAGCAUCAAGUACCAGACAGCAACGGCACAUCAAAAGCAAGGAUCUUGUUCAGCAAGGAGAGCUAAAAAGGACCACAAGCAACUAGACCCACUGACCAGAGGAAAGCAACAUGUUGACAAAGGAGCUACAGAAGCAAAACAAGGAAUCUCUCCAAGGAAGCCUGGAACAGAUUCAAAAGUGAGGAAUGCAAAGGAAGCAAAGACAUAACAAAACACCUAGACUUCACAUACCUCACUUAGUUGUAGGUGAGCUAACUGAUGUCUUCUAUCUUAGCUUUGGUAAUACAUUUGCAACUUCUGUUUUGGUUGAUUGGUUUGUUUGGUUGUUUGUUUUUAAAUCUUAGCAGUCAUUCCUUCCUUCCCAUCCAUCAUAUCUUACAUCCAAGACAUUCACUCCUCUUCCCUUAGCCAAUUCUCUCCUGCUCCCCUGCCAGCGUGUUGGGAGCUUACAUUUUCCCAGUGCAUCCCUACUGAUUCUCAAUGCACCAUGCUACUUUUACAGAGGCAAAGAGAGGAUGCAGCACUUCAGGGGCAGGGAAUACAUACUUCCCCUUCUCCACAGUGCUUUGCAACUCCCACACAUGAUCCAGUGUUGGGCAGGAAUGAGCGUCCCUGCACGUGACGCGUGGGUUGUGCCUCUCAGGAUGAUCACAAUUUCUUCAGCUCUCCCCUCUAACCAUCCUGCUUUCUUGUUUCAGCAAAGGGAUCAGCUAAAGAAAAAGCCUCUCCCUGCAGUGCCAGUGUGGCACUGAAGUCUGUCUUCCAAUCCCCAUUUGUAGGUCUCUGAUGAUUUGCCUCUGUUAUGUCCAUGCUGUGUUGCCAAAGAACACUCCCCAUUUCCUAGAUGGGCUGUCAACUUUCAUCCUUGUACUGACUCUACCUUGGAAUAUAAGCUGGACAUGGUUCUCCUUCCACAUCCCUCUCUUCCUCUGUCACAAAGCUUGAGCACACAAUAUGGAGUGUUUGUAUUAGACUCCUUCUACCUAAUUCCAUAGAAAUUUCAGGGCUUGAACUAUUUGCUGCUGAGAGGUGUGUUUAACAUUAACUGCAGGGUAGAGAGACUUCAUUAGGGCUCUUUACAUAUAAAAAUGAAGAUUCCCAGAUACUUGUAGCCAGGGGAUAGGCAGUUAUCCAAAGUAGGGUCACAUAUUGUACAGCUGCAGUAACCCAUCUCUUGGAGAUGGUCCUGUACUCUAACACAAACUAUCUGCUAAAGAAAAAACCAAUAAACAUUUGUGAAGCAAAACCAUUUUUCUCCUUUUCUCCUUUCUGCUGGCUCUGAGUCACUGAGCCUAUUUAUGGAGAUGCCAAAAGACAGCACUACACAAGAAAGCCUGGGAAUGGUUAAACUUAAUCAGGGAUUAAAGGGUCUUUCAGAAGUCCUCAUGGACUCAAAGCUUGCUUUCAGCUUACCAGGUUCACAGUGUUUUGUUUUUUUAAUAUAUCACAAAUUUCCUGUUAAAACCACCUUUCAAUUCUGGUUUGUCCCUGGGGGAAGCCCUCACUACAGCUUGAUACAUUUAGAAAUUACAGAUUAACCAGUGACUCUUUGUGCUGAUAUAGAUGGGGCUUCUUAGCCUUACCAUGCAUCCCCACACUUUCCUUUCAAGCCAUGUAAGCCCCAAUUCUAGGCCUUAAGGAGUCAGGUGAGAGGGCCAGGGGGAACCUGAGGUAAACAGCAACAUCACCUUCUAUAUUACACAGGAACUCUUUAAGAAUUUCUGCAGCAUCAGCUGUUUUGGCCUGGUUAGUUCACUCUGCAGGAAGGGAGACUGCUGGAACACACUAUCCAAUCCUAUUUAGUAGUUCCUACCUCUCCUCUAUUGUCUGUGUUCACUGCUGAGAUAGGUCUACCCUGUCAUAUUCAGCUCUUGCUUUUUCUUGGAGCUCAGAGCAUCCAUCAGCUUCUGAGCAGAGGCUUCUGUUCUUGCAAACAAAUUCCAUAGAACAGUAGGCCAGUGACAGGACCUGAGCAAAUUUCCUCCCAAUUCAAACAGCACCAGUCUGACCCCUGGAAAGCCAAAACAGAGAGAAAUUGUCCUUUGAAAUGAGGUCACUACAAGAGGGGAGGAGGGGAUAUUGCUGCUGAGCACAUGAGAGAACAAUAGUAAGGGGGUGGUUCAGAUUA